AUGAGAACUUGUCGUAGAAAGAACUGGAGAAAGCGUGGAAGCAUCCAGAACAGACCCGAACCUCACUCAAAACCUCAGACUGCAAUGGCGGAGAUACAGAUGGCCGAUGCAGAGACGUUCGCUUUUCAGGCCGAAAUCAACCAGUUGCUGAGUUUGAUCAUCAACACUUUCUACAGCAACAAGGAGAUCUUCCUCCGAGAACUCAUUAGCAAUUCUUCUGAUGCGUUGGAUAAAAUCCGAUUCGAGAGCUUGACUGAUAAGAGCAAACUGGAUGCGCAACCUGAGCUUUUCAUCCGGCUCGUUCCUGAUAAGGUUAACAAGACCUUGUCGAUCAUUGAUAGCGGUGUCGGAAUGACAAAAGCAGAUUUGGUGAACAAUUUGGGAACAAUUGCUAGAUCUGGAACGAAGGAAUUCAUGGAAGCACUUCAGGCUGGUGCUGAUGUAAGCAUGAUUGGACAGUUCGGUGUAGGUUUCUAUUCCGCGUAUCUAGUUGCUGAAAAAGUCAUUGUCACCACCAAACACAACGAUGACGAGCAAUACAUCUGGGAGUCCCAAGCCGGUGGUUCAUUCACCGUCACCAGGGAUGCUGACGGUGAGCCACUCGGUAGAGGAACCAAGAUCACUCUCUUCCUCAAAGAAGACCAGUUGGAGUACCUAGAGGAAAGGAGAAUUAAGGAUCUGGUGAAGAAGCAUUCCGAGUUUAUCAGCUAUCCGAUCUAUCUAUGGACUGAAAAAACAACAGAGAAAGAGAUCAGUGAUGACGAAGAUGAGGAAUCUUCUAAAAAAGAAGAGGAAGGUGACAUUGAAGAGGUUGACGAAGACAAAGAGAAGGAAAAGGGCAAGAAGAAGAAGAUCAAAGAGGUUUCUCAUGAAUGGGAGCUCAUCAACAAGCAGAAACCAAUCUGGCUACGCAAACCGGAAGAAAUCACCAAAGAAGAGUACGCUUCCUUCUACAAAAGCAUUACUAACGACUGGGAAGAUCAUCUUGCAGUAAAACACUUCUCAGUUGAAGGACAGCUCGAAUUCAAGGCGAUUUUAUAUGUUCCCAAAAGAGCCCCGUUUGAUCUGUUCGACACACGUAAGAAGAUGAACAACAUCAAGCUAUACGUGAGGAGAGUUUUCAUCAUGGAUAACUGUGAGGAGUUGAUUCCUGAGUGGCUUGGGUUUGUGAAGGGUGUUGUUGAUUCUGAUGACCUACCACUCAACAUCUCCCGUGAAAUGCUUCAGCAGAACAAGAUUCUCAAAGUUAUCAGGAAGAAUUUGGUGAAGAAAUGCAUUGAGAUGUUCAACGAGAUUGCUGAAAACAAAGAGGACUACAACAAAUUCUAUGAAGCAUUCUCCAAGAAUCUGAAGUUGGGUAUUCAUGAAGACAGCCAAAACAGGCCGAAACUUGCAGAUUUGCUUCGAUACCAUUCAACAAAAAGUGGAGAUGAGUUGACCAGCUUGAAAGACUAUGUGACACGUAUGAAAGAAGGGCAGAAGGAUAUUUACUACAUAACUGGUGAAAGCAAGAAGGCUGUUGAAAAUUCACCCUUUUUGGAGAGACUGAAGAAGAAAGGGUAUGAAGUGUUGUUCAUGGUGGAUGCUAUUGAUGAGUAUGCGGUUGGACAGCUGAAGGAGUAUGAUGGGAAGAAGCUUGUGUCUGCUACAAAGGAAGGAUUGAAGCUUGAGGAUGAAACAGAAGAAGAGAAGCAGAAGAAGGAAGAAAAGAAGAAGUCGUUUGAGAAUCUAUGCAAGACGAUUAAGGAUAUUUUGGGAGACAAAGUGGAGAAGGUUGUGGUGUCUGAUAGGAUUGUGCACUCGCCUUGCUGUUUAGUGACUGGGGAGUACGGAUGGACUGCUAAUAUGGAGAGGAUUAUGAAGGCACAGGCACUGAGGGAUAGUAGCAUGGGGUCUUACAUGUCUAGCAAGAAGACUAUGGAGAUAAACCCUGAUAAUCCAAUUAUGGAGGAGUUGAGGAAGAGGGCUGAGGCGGAUAAGAAUGAUAAGUCGGUUAAGGAUUUGGUUUUGCUUUUGUUUGAGACUGCUCUGUUAACUUCUGGGUUUAGCUUGGAGGAUCCUAAUAUGUUUGGAGGGAGGAUCCACAGGAUGUUGAAAUUGGGGCUCAGCAUUGACGAGGAAGAAGGUGGGGAGGAUGCUGAGAUGCCUGUUUUGGAGGAAGAAGCUGCUGAGGAAAGUAAGAUGGAGGAAGUCGAUUAGACUGUUGUUGGUUUGUGCUGCGUCUGAAUUGGUCCAGUCUGAGUUGUUUAAAUGGUUGUCUGCAGUGGGUCGGUUUUUUUCUUUUUCUUUUACUUUUUUGACUUCAACUUGUACCUGUGAUGGAGUGUCUUUUGAGUCUCUUUGCUUGUACUUGUUAUGAAGAGUCUUUUGAGUACUAAGUGCAUAUUCUGGUUCAUAUAAGAUCUUGAACGUUGUCAAUUUUU